AUGCAGGACUUCAACGAUGUUAUCCAAGUAGGAGAAAAGCCUACAGGCAAGAUGGAUGGGUAUGGAUUCGGUCACUAUGACAUCUUCGACGCAAUUGCUGAGUUCUACACAGUCAUCUUCAGUUUCUUUGCAUUUCCAGCCUUCUCCAAGAAAUAUGGUCACCUCACCGCGGAUGGAACUUAUCAACUCACAGCAGCCUGGCAAACAGGUCUCACUAACGGCACCUGUAUUGGCGAGAUGAUCGGUCUCGCCUUGACCGGUAUCUUUGCAGACAAGUACGGCCAGCGAUGGACAAUCAUCGGCGCCUUGGCCCUUAUCUGGGUAUGGCCCAUUCCCCUCGCUGUUGCCAUGUUCCUGGCGCCAGAAAGUCCUUGGUGGCUGGUACGACAAGGUCGUGUCGAUGAUGCGGAGAGAUCGGUGAACCGCUUGAUGACCAGGCAAGGCCGAAAGGCAUUCGACAGCCAGAAAGCAGUGGCAGCCAUAUUACACACCAAUGAGAUGGAGAAACAAGUCACACUGGGAACGUCAUACGUUGACUGCUUCAAAGGCAUCGAGCUCCGUCGCACUGAGAUCUGUUGCAUGGUCUGGAUGAUUCAGAUUCUCUGUGGUGGAGGCAUCAUGGCAUUCUCGUCUUACUUUUUCGAGCGCGCUGGACUGAACACAUCUUACUCGUUCGAUCUUUCAAUGGCACAGUUCGGACUAGGCGCUGUCGGAGUUUUCAUCGCAUGGGCUCUGAUACCCUGGGUCGGACGACGAACAUUAUUCCUUUUGGGACAGAUCUUGAUGAUGGUCCUGUUGCUCAUUAUCGGGUUCAUUGGUGUAGGACCGAAGAACCAGUCAUCGUCGUGGGCAACGGGAGCGCUGCUUCUGGUUUACGUCUUUGUUUACGACAUUACAGUUGGACCACUGACCUACGCCUUCGUGUCAGAAAUUCCUUCAACCAGGUUGCGUCAGAAGACGAUGGUGCUAGCACGAAACGCAUACUUGAUCGCAAACAUUGUCAACAAUGUCCUUACUCCUCACAUGCUCAAUCCCACAGCAUGGAAUUGGGGACCAAAAACAGGAUUCUAG